CAAUGCAACAGAAUCUACCUCCAGAUGAACAGAUGAAUCAAGCCUCAGUGGAUGCACGCAUUCAGAAAACACAGUACACUAACUUGUCACGUAAGUUUGUAGAGGUCAUGACGCGAUAUAAUGAAGCCCAAAUGGCAUUCAGAGAGAAAAGCAAAAGCAGGAUUCAGAGACAGCUGGAGAUCAGAGAUGAUGGGGGUUGAAAGGCAGUGCGAGGUGGAGGUACUAAAACAGUCCCAAAGAGAGUUACAGUGGGUUCAAAAACAGCUGUCGAUCAUCUCUAACAGAACCAAUGGCCCAGGCAGUACCAAGGAUAAGAAACUGAGGAAUGAGUUGUUUCCGUUGCAUUUAUCUGAGUUAUCGCCUCAGCAUGUGGAAGCGUACCGACUGCUAGAGGACAGGAAACACAAACUCUCACCCGAGACCGCCGCUCUCUACCUGCUUCGACAACAGCACAAACUAUUGGAGACUGAGAUCAGCAGGAAGAGAAAGGAGUGUGAAGUCCUUGAGGAGGAGGUGAAGAAAAAGAGCCAGUCAUGUCACACUCUGGAGAGUGAGCUUCAGCAUGUUCUGCAGGAGAAAGCACGUCUGAAUCUCCGCUUGUUCAACGAUAUCCAAAAGGCAGCAAAGUAUGAGCAGGUGAAAAGUGAGUAUGAACAGCUGCAGGAGGCUCUGUACACUGUGACAGUGCAGAGAGAUUGUGCUCUGUUGGAGAGGACUGAGCUCCAAGGCAAACUGGAGAACCUAGAGCAGGUGCUGAAGCAUAUGCGAGAGGCUGCAGAGAGGAGGCAGCAGCUAGAAUUAGAGCAUGAACAAGCCUUGGCCGUCCUCAGUGCCAAGCAGCAGGAGAUUGACCUUCUGCAGAAGGCUCAGGUUGAGGCUAAGAAGGAACAUGAAGGUGCCGUCCAUCUGUUAGAGAAUCACUUGGACAGCAUGCAGCUGAGAAGUUUCCUUCGCACUAAGAACACAAUGCGAUUUUUGGCUAAAGUGAGAGAACUGGAGGAAAAAUGCCGGGCACAGAGUGAGCAGUUUAACCUGCUGUCAAAAGAGUUGGAGAAGUUCAGAUUGCAGGCUGGGAAGUUAGACAUCCUGAGCAGCAGUCAGCUGACAGGGGGCGACUCGCCCGGCUCACCCACCAAACCCCUCACCCUCUCCCAGCUUCUCAACGGCCUCACUGCCCCCUCUGGGAAAGGUAAUGAGGAUUCGAUGAGUAAGAUCUCAGAGCUCAUUCGGCCUCUACAGAUGACUGAGGGGGAGAAGGUAGAGCUCCUGUCUGUCAAACCCACCUUCCUGUCACGCAGCACAACCUCCAGCCCACGGCGAGCCUUCCUCUCAGAGGUGCGGCCCGUCAUCUCCACUGCUAUGGACAAAGAGCAAGGCUCGUCCCCCAGGUCUAAGUCCAGAUACACAGGCAAAGUGCGAUUGUGUGUUGCUCGCUACAAUUAUAACCCUUAUGAUGGCCCCAAUGAGCAUCCUGAAGCAGAGCUCCCCCUGGUGGCUGGGAAGUACCUGUAUGUUUAUGGGACCAUGGAUGAGGACGGCUUCUAUGAGGGUGAGUUGUUGGACGGACAGCAGGGUCUGGUUCCCUCCAACUUUGUGGACUUUGUCCAGGAUGAGGAGCUCCCGUCAGUUCCUCUUUUGGACCGCAUCAAGGAACCGUCCUACCUCAACCACAGCCCCGCCUCCAUGCCCAGCAGUGCCGUCAGUACACUCAGCACGCUGCUCUCAGAGAAGCUGGAUGCCCUGGGCUCGGGUACCGGGACGGGCACCAGCAGCAGCAGUGGGGUGAGCAGCUUGGGCAUGGGUCUGGGCAUGGACUUUCUGGGACCCUGCAGCAAUGGCACAGGCACGCUGGACGUGAACAUUGACGAGAUCGGAGAAGACAUCGUGCCUUACCCCCGCCGCAUUACCUUGAUCAAGCAGCUGGCCAAGAGCGUUAUCAUAAGCUGGGACCCUCCGGUGGUGCUGCCCGGGUGGACGUCCAUCAGCGGCUACAAUGUACUGGUGGAUCAGGAGGUACGCAUGAGCGUGCCCUUCGGCGGCCGCACCAAGUCUUUGAUCGAGAAGCUGAACCUGGCCUCCUGUAUGCACCGCAUCUCCAUCCAGAGCAUGACGGAGCGGGGGCUCUCCGAUCCGCUGCGCUGCACACUGCUGAUGGGGAAAGAUGUGGUUGUGGCACCCUAUUACCUUCGUGUGGAGAACAUCACACAAGUAUCGGCUGAGCUCACCUGGAUGCCAAGCAACAGCAACUACAGCCACAUGAUCUUCCUGAACGACGUGGAGUAUGAUGUUGUGAAGCCUGGAGGGUACAAAUACCACUUCUACAACCUCAAACCCAUGACAGUGUAUAAGGUACGGGUGGUGGCCCGGCCCCAUCAGAUGCCCUGGCAGCUUCCCCUUGAGCAGAGGGAGAAGAAGGAGGUCUCAGUGGAGUUCUGCACACAGCCAGCCGGUCCUCCUUUACCUCCUCAGGAUGUGCAAGUUCAGAUGGGACAGACACCUGGAGUCUUGCAGAUCCAUUGGAAGCCUCCUUCCCUCACUCCUACCGGCACUUCCAAUGGAGCCAAUGUAAUCGGCUACAUAGUCUGCACUAAAGGUCAAAAGAUAGCAGAGAUAAUGUACCCCACAGCAGAUUUUGUUACGGUGGAACUGAACCGUAUCCAGUGUCUGGAAGCGCAGGAGGUCGUUGUGAGGACAAUAUCAGCACAAGCCAAAGAGCCAGAGAUGGGCAGGCGAAUGGGGCAGCCCUGGGAGCCACAUCCCAGAGCCCCGUCACCACUUCCGCCCCCUUCACACCCGGGACACACACUGGAGCCCCCUCACAUAGAGGGCCGGCGCUCACCCUCCCCUCAGAGGAUCUUGCCUCAACCUCAGGGAGUGCCCAUUCCCAACACAGUGGCUCGUGCUAUAGCCCGCCAGGCGGCGCAGAGGAGCGCCCCGAACAGCAGGGUGGAGAGGAGGAACAUCUUCAGUGACAGGGGUAACGCUCUGCAUUCAUUAAACUCAGAUGAGGAGGAGGAUGGGUAUGAUUCCCCUCACGCCAGGCGAAGAGGUGCUUCUGUGGAUGAGUUUCUCAGAGGUUCUGAGCUGGGCAGACACCAUCAUCACUAUAGCCACAGUGAGGAGUACUACACUGAGAGCAGUCGGGGCUCCGAUCUGUCUGACAUCAUGGAGGAGGAUGAGGAGGAGCUGUACUCGGAGAUGCAGCUGGAAGAAGGGCGCCGCCGCAGCAUCAACUCACACAACACAUUAAAGGCAUAUUACAGGCGUCAGGACCUUGCGGUGGACCGGGACAGUUGGGACCUGCAGCGGGAGGUGGUACGACAGCGCUCCUUGCGCUCCCACAAGCGGCUACACAGCAUCCCGGAAGUUGCCGAGGAGGAACCGGACACCGGGGUGGAGGUCAUGGGUCAGCGGCUGCGUUUCGAGGAGGCUCGUCCAGGCACUCCUUGCAGGAGCCCGCAGCCCUACGACCAGGACUCACGGCAGUCUAACCACCUUUCCCCGAGCAAGAGCGUCCGCAGGCUGCAGAGGCAGCGCUCCUCUCCACGCUACAGCUCCAUAGAUGAGCGGCCACCGUGCUGGAGCAGCAGCAGUAGCAGGCAGACCACCAAGAGCCCAGACAGCGGACUAGACUGCGGGAGCGAGGAGGAGGGCUCGCUUGGCUACCGUGGAAGCUACCACUCGUACACGGGGGGCAGCCCGCUGCGGGUGGGUUCUGGCCCCAACAUGCGGGUGAUCCACAGUGAGGGGCCUGUGGAAAGGCGUGCUCUGGCUGCUGGCAGGAAAAGGUCACUGACCCGGCAGUGCAGCAUGGAGGAGGACUUCCUGGAUACCAUUCCGGAGACAAGGAGCAUGCGGGAGUCGUACCACCAUUACCACUAUCAUCCACACCUUCACCAUCCCCAACGCAGGUUCCGGAGCGAGGGCAGGCUGAGCGAGGUUGGCAGGACCCAUCACACGGACAUUAGGGCCUACUCUGUGGCCAGACUCAACAGGGCAAUGGAUGAACCCCUGAUUUUAGGGAGCUCUCCCUCAACAGGACGCUCGGAUCGACUGGACCAUUCCGGCCGUAGGACGAAUCACGGCUAUCCACCCGCUCAGAGAAGACCAAUGACAGUCCCUUCCAUUGAGAUCACCGUGGAGAAUAACAGUGAGGGGAGUGAGGGGAACCUCUCACCUAUCAAGGACGAUGUUUACUAUACCAAUGUAGCCCACCGCAGGACAUGGCCCCCACAGCGAACAGAGCACCGAUAUGAUGGUUAUGGAGGACGGGACCGGCGGUCUCCAGACUACUAUGAGUCAGAGCCAGAGGACUUGUCCCGAAUCUUUGUGGCCAUGUUUGACUAUGACCCCCUGUCAAUGUCUCCUAACCCUGAUGCUGCUGUAGAGGAGCUUCCCUUCAAGGAGGGCCAGAUCAUAAAGGUGUUUGGAGAGAAGGACACAGAUGGAUUCUAUAGGGCAGAGAUCUGUGGCCGCAGCGGGCUCAUCCCCUGUAACAUGGUCUCAGAGAUCCAGACGGAUGAUGAUGACAUGAUGGACCAGCUGCUCAAACAGGGGUUUCUUCCUCUCAACACGCCCAUUGAGAAAAUAGUAAACUGUAAUAGGUUCAAAGAUGGCCGUUCAGUUAAUCGCAGGUCCCGGAAAUCCAAGAGAGAGAGGAACAAAAGGAGUGGAAGGCAGCACCAGGUGUCGACGCGGAGGAUGGUGGCCCUGUAUGACUAUGACCCCAGAGAGAGCUCACCUAACGUGGAUGUGGAGGCCCGCUAUGGGGGCAGCUUGCAGAGUGAGGAGGCUGAGCUGACAUUUUGUGCAGGUGAUGUGAUCACAGUUUUUGGAGAGAUCGAUGAGGAUGGCUUUUAUUAUGGGGAGCUCAAUGGACACAAGGGUCUGAUCCCUUCCAACUUUCUCGAAGAAGUGCCUGAUGACGUGGAGGUUUACCUCACCAACACCCCGAGCCGUCACCCCCAGGACCACCCGUCCCGGACAAAGAACAAAAGGGUUCCCGUGGAAAAAGCGGGCCCUCCCAGAAGAAGUGCCACCCCCACAGUGCGCCUACAGAUCCCGGGGUCUGGCCCCGCAGCCCAGGGGCCCGGCAGUCCCAUCCGGCGCCCCCGAGCUGACUCUAAGAAAACAGGACUGCUCUCCAAAGGAAAGAAUCUAUUAAAAAGGCUUGGUGCUGUCAAAUAGUUUCACAUAACUCUCCUCACAGCAGCCGAGAUAAGGAGGUUGGAAUUGCAGAGAAAUUACCUUAGAAGGUGGGGAAAAGAACAUUUCUCCCAUCUUCUGUUUCUGUAAUCACUUGGAUUGGCCAUGGAAAAGAGAAAGGGAAAUGGUGGAAACUAGGGCUUUCAUGACCACAACUUCAGCUUUAUGCCAUUGAAACUGUUCUGCAAGUUCUGUCUGCCCAUGUUUGAUUCUUAAAAGCACAGAAACGCUCACGUAAUGUGACUUACUAAGAUGUCUUGUUAUAAAUAUACAAUGCAAGGGAUGUUCUUGGAUAAUAAAAUAAAAUCUAUAU